AUGCGCCCGCCCGCCAGGGAGCUCUUCCGGGACCCCGCCUUCCCUGCCUCGAAUUCCUCGCUCUUCUCCAGUUACUCCACGCCGCUAGCCCAGUUCCGGGAGGACAUCACGUGGAGGAGGCCCCAGGAAAUUUGUGCUACGCCCCGGCUGUUUCCAGAUAACCCACAGGAAGGACAGGUGAAGCAAGGGCUUCUGGGGGACUGCUGGUUCCUGUGUGCCUGCGCCGCCCUGCAGAAGAGCCGGCACCUCCUGGACCAGGUCUUUCUUCCCGGACAGCCGAGCUGGCUCGACCAGACGUACCGUGGCUCCUUCACCUGUCGAGUUUGGCAGUUUGGACGCUGGGUGGAGGUGACCAUAGAUGAUCGUCUGCCUUGUCUUGCAGGGAGACUCUGCUUCUCCCGAUGCCAGAGAGAGGAUGUAUUCUGGCUUCCAUUACUGGAGAAGGUCUAUGCCAAGGUCCAUGGGUCCUAUGAACACCUAUGGGCAGGGCAGGUGGCAGAUGCCCUGGUGGACCUAACUGGUGGCCUGGCAGAAAGGUGGAACCUGAAGAACUUGGCAAGCAGCAGUAGCCAACAGGAUGGAUCUGGUAGCUCAGAGCUCAAGACUUGUUGGCAGCUGCUCAGCCUCAAGGAGCGGUGUCUGAUCAGCUGCUCAGUGUUCAGCCCCAGAGCAGGCGCCAAGGAGCUGGGGGAAUUUCACGCCUUCAUCGUCUCAGACCUGCGUGAGCUCCGGGGUCAGGCUGGUCAGAGCAUCUUGCUGCUUCGCAUUCAGAACCCCUGGGGCCGGCGGUGCUGGCAGGGGCCGUGGAGAGAGGGGGGUGAAGGGUGGACCCAGGUGGACCCAGUGGACUCGGCGGAGCUGCUGUCCCAGCUCCAGGAAGGGGAGUUCUGGGUGGACGAGGAGGAGUUUCUCCGUGAAUUUGACGAGGUCACCAUUGGCUACCCGAUCACAGAGGCUGGCCACCUGCAGAGCCUCUACUCAGAGAAGGUGCUCAGCCACACUCAGGAGCUGCCGGGAGCCUGGGUCCAGGGGCAGUCCGCAGGAGGCUGCCGGAACAACAGCGGCUUUCCCAGCAACCCCAAGUUCUGGCUGCGGGUCUCAGAACCAAGCGAGGUGUACAUUGCCGUUCUGCAGAGGCCCAGGAUGCGCUCGGUGGACUGGGCCGGCCGGGCCCAGGCGCAACUGGGGGGCAGCCGCAUUGUAUGGAGCCCGGCAAGCAUUCAGGGCAAGGACUACCCUGCCGUGGGUCUGCAUCUCUGGAAGGUAGAGAAGCGGCGGGUCAGCCUGCCCAGGAUCCUGUCUACACCUCCUGUGGCUGGCACUGUGUGCCAUGCGUAUGACCGCGAGGUCCAUCUCCGCUGUGAGCUCACCCCUGGCUACUACCUGGCCGUCCCCAGCACCUUCUUAAAGAAUGUGCCAGGACAGUUUUUGCUCCGGGUCUUCUCCAGCGGGAGAGUCUCCCUCAGUGCCAUCAAGACAGUGGUCCAGAGCCCUGGCCCUGGGGAGACCCUGUUGGCGGGGGAGUGGGAGACUGUGCAGCUGCAGGGCUCCUGGAAGAUCGGCCAGACAGCUGGGGGCAGCCGGAACUUCGCCUCCUACUCCAGCAACCCCUGCUUCCCCCUCACGGUCCCUGAGGGUCCAGGCACCCGCUGCAUCCGGAUCACUCUACACCAGCACUGCCUAGACAGCGACUGCCACCCCAUUGGCUUCCAUGUUUUCCAGGUUCCAGCGGACAGCGCAGGCCAAGACACGCCCUCCCUGCUGCUUCAGAAGCCUGUGCUGAGCUGUGUGCCACAUUGCUACACCCAGGAAGUGAGCCGCGUCUGCCACCUGUCUGCAGGGACCUACCGGAUAGUGCCCUCCACCUACCUGCCAGACACAGAGGGGGCCUUCACAGUGACCAUCGCAACCAGAAUAGACAGACGCUCCAUUCACAGCCAGGAAAUGCUGGGGCAGCUCCUCCAAGAGGCCUCCUUCAUGGCAGUGAUGAAGACCUAA